GGGCGGAAGGGUUUGAGUGUUGGAACGAGAGGGACGUUUUUUAGAGUCGGACAUCGAGCGCAUGAUAACAUGGAGGGGUUUGCAGAGAGGAAACAAGACCGGUUGCCGCAGGACACUGUUUGUUACAAGCUCUACCUCAACAGCAAGGUUUCGUCUUCGGAUCCCCAAGCUUGUAAGGAUAUGUUGGAGCGACUUUUGGAGCAAAUAGUGGCUCGCUUGGCUCUGUUGUCUACGGGGUACAUCUGGAACAACCAGGCCUUCAGUCUGAAAUACACAGCGGCCCGGGGAGACAUUCCUGCCCAUAUCGGUGGUAUGACGAACUUUGGUGAUAAUGUGGAUGACGAAUGGUUUAUUGUGUACCUUAUUCAACAGGUCACCAAAGAGUUCCCUGACUUGGUGGCAAGCAUAGAUGAUGAUGAUGGAGACUUCUUGUUGAUAGAGGCUGCCAAAUAUCUUCCCAAGUGGUUGAACCCUGAAACCAGUGUGAACCGCGUAUAUUUCUAUCAUGGAUAUUUACACAUCAUCCCACUACCUCAGAACCCAGGGGAACUGACAUGGUUACCAGCUGGCAAUCCUACCAUCCCUCAGGUCCUCACCCUGCUCCCCGCUCAUUCAGAAAGGUGUCUGGCAGCAGAGCCCAUUCGCAAAGCUAUAAACAGACGUAUACAAAGUUAUCCAGAAAAGAUUCACAAUGAUCAACACCGAGCUUGCUGCUAUGUUCCAGCAGGUAUAGCUGCGGUGCUGAAGCGUCGUCCAGAUCUCUUGGCGCCUGCUAUCCAGGCCUUCUACCUACGUGAUCCUUUUGACCUCCGUGCUUGCCGUUCCUUUAAGGUCUUUCGCCCUGAGACACGUGUGAUGGCUCUGGUGACUUUUACAAAAUGUCUGUAUGCUCAACUACAGCAGCAGCAGUUUGUGCCAGAUAGACGGAGUGGUUAUGUGCUGCCAACACAAUCUGACCGGAACUUCAAAGCACAUUCACUUGGCAUGAAACUGGCCCAUGGUUUUGAAAUCCUGGUUUCCAAAUGCUCCCAACCCUUGUCUAGUUUUACAGCUGGAAAUUCUGUCUCCAAUGACCCCCUCUGGGAAGGGUUUCUAAACAGUCUAAAGAAAAAUGCCUAUUUCAGGGGAGAGCUGGAAGGUUCAGUACGGUAUAAAGAAUUGCUCCAAAUGGCAGAGAUUUACUUCCAACAGUCUGUCACCAGACCUAAAAGUUUAUCUACUUCAAGCCCAGGGGAACAGAUUAUGCAGCUUUUGCAAACUCUGUCCUACAGUGUGGAAGAACUACAGAAAGAGGGGGAGAAUCUCCCUCCAGAAGAUGAUGACAGUUGGUUGAAUAUUUCACUGGAACAGCUGGAUCAAAUGCUAGAGGAGGCCUCUGGAACAAAACUGUUUAGACAGGAGGAAAAAGAGGAGGAGGAUUAUGAUCUACACGACAUCACAAAGUGUAUGAAGGCAUUUGUAUCAAAGGUUUCCUCACAUGAAGGAGCAGAGGUGCCACGGACUUCAGCUAACAAUCAAGUUCAAUUUGACGUGAACUCCAUCACCAGUGCUUUGGAAAAGAUUCUAGGGGUAGAAUCAGAUGAACUUGAUUCUGAUGAUCUUGAAGAAGAGGAUAUUGAUUUAUUGGACAGCGAUGAAGAAUUUGACAGAAGAGAAGAAGACCCAGAGGAAUGUGUUUCAGCAACUAAGGCAUUAGAGAAUAUCCGAGACUACAUGGCGCAGAUGGAUCAGGAGUUAGCUGGCACCCACAUUGGCAAAAGCUUUACCAAAGUCACCAAUGAGGCUGAUCUGGACGACCCUGAUCUGGCAGAAACAGCAAAGGGCGAGUCAAAAGAGAAUUUGAGCUUACUGCCUGUGGAUGUGGACUUGAAUCUAGUAGAGAACUUCUUGGAGUCUUAUAGCUCACAAGCUGGCCUUCCUGGACCUGCAUCUAAUAUCUUACAGAGCAUGGGUCUACGACUACCAGAUAACAAGGACAACACCAUGUAAAAAAGGAGUGCCACAAACUGAUUCUGUCAGCUGAAGUACUUCCAUCAGAUUGUUAUCAUCCACUUGGUUCCACCAUGAUCAUCUGCGCAGUGAUGCAUUUCUGAAUUAAGGAUACCAUUCCAUCAUUCAGAGAAGAGGAGUCCUUAAAUCUGACUUUAGUGUAGCUGCCUCUUUAAUUUUCCUUGAAAUCAUUCAGAAAAUAUUUUUGUAACUAAAUAAAUGAAAACUUAAUAGAACUUUGAGUACAUGCUGUUAUCGUUAAAGAAAUUAGCAGGCUAACAUAUGGGUUUGUGUGGUGAAUAUGUCAUCCAUAUAAUUUUAUCACUUAUUCUGCAUUUCACUGUUAAUAUGAAUAUCAUCUUAUACUAUACCGGUAGCCCCCUGUUUGGGUAAAAUAAAUUUGCCCUUAUGUAAUCAUAAAUCACUAACCAAAAUUUUGAGAUGUGGGGUAAAAUUUGUAGUAAUGAAAUUUCAAUCGACAUGUAUUCAAACCUGUAAGAUAUAGGAGCAGAAUUAGGCCUGAAGUAAUUCUAAUCUGCUCCACCAUUCCAUCAUGGCUGAUUUAUUAACCUUCUCAAUCCCAUUCUCCAGCAUUCUCCCAGUAACCUUUGAUACACUGAUUAAUCAAGAAUCUGCCAACCUCUGCCUUAAAUAUACCCAGUGACUUGGCUUCCACAGCUGUCUAUGGGCAACAAAUUCCACAGAUUCAUCACCUUCCAGCUAAGAAAAUUAUCCACAUCUGUUCUAAAUGGCAGUCACUUUUCUGAAGCUGUGCCCUCUGGUCCUGGACUUCCCCACUAUAGUAAACAACCCCUCUGAAUCCACUUUAUCUCGGCCUUUUAAUAUUCG